AUGUUUCUUACAAGAUCAGAAUACGAUCGUGGCGUUAACACUUUUUCCCCAGAAGGACGUUUAUUUCAAGUUGAAUAUGCUAUUGAGGCAAUUAAGUUGGGUUCCACGGCGGUAGGCAUUCAAACCUCCCAUGGUGUUAUUCUUGCAGUCGAAAAGCGGGUGACCUCACCAUUAUUGGUUUCAAGUAGUAUUGAAAAAAUCAUGGAAAUCGAUACACAUUUGGGUUGUGCUAUGAGUGGGUUGGUAGCUGACUCUAGAACAAUGAUAGACCACGCAAGAGUUGAAGCACAGAACCAUCUUUUCACUUAUGAUGAAAAGAUCAAAGUAGAAUCAGUCACACAAGCUAUUUGUGAUUUAGCAUUACGAUUCGGGGAAAGUGCGCAUGGUGAAGAAUCCAUAAUGAGUCGACCGUUUGGUGUUGCAUUAUUGGUUGCUGGAAUUGAUGAAAAGGGACCUCAAUUGUUUCACGCUGAUCCAUCUGGAACUUUUAUGAAAUAUAAUGCGAAAGCCAUUGGAUCCGGAUCAGAGGGAGCACAGACAGAGUUACAAGAAGAAUAUCAUAAAUCAAUCACUUUAGAGGAAGCAGAAACUUUAUCACUCAAAGUCCUUAAACAAGUUAUGGAAGAAAAAUUGAAUAAUACAAAUGUCCAAUUGGCAUCUGUAACACCAGAUCGUGGGUUUAGAAUUUAUAGUGAAGAAGAAUUACAAGUAGUGAUUGACAGACUAUAG